AUGCACAGGGUUGGUUGGUAUGUACGUGUAUGGAUAGCCGAAUCACUUGUUCGCCCGGCUCGUAUUGAUCGUACAGCGAGUCCACCAUCAUCAGCCAGUAUGUAUUGGUCAGAAGCAAGAAGAUUAGCAUCAUUUCCAAAUGCUCGUUUACCUGAUUCAAAUAGUUUACCAGCUAUCGAUAGAUAUGAUUUUCCUGCACCACCUUCACCAGCUGUUGUAAUGAUUGAUAAACGUCGUGAAAAACGUAUGACAGCUGGUGGCGCACAAUCCAUUGCGGCAGAUAGUCGAAAUGGUACACUUCGAAAUGGAACAAUGACAUCAGUCGAUACAGACUAUACAGAUCAUGAUCCUAUAUUAAAUGCGAAACUAGAUCGAAUCGAUGCUGAAAUUGAAACAUUGAAACGAUUAGGUGAAAGUUCUGGGAUUACAGCGGCUCUUAUUCAAGAAUUGGAAGCUAGUAAAUCACAUGUUCAUGAAACUGAUUUAGAUCCAAUCUCUGCAUCACGAUCACCAAAUGCCAAUAUUGAACCUAGUUAUAAAACACGUUAUAGACGACAUGGAUAUACAUACAAUGCUGUGAGUAUCAUAACCCACAUAUGA